GUAAUUUUUGGACUCUACUUUUUUUUCCCUCUCUCUGUCCUGUGUGUGCUCCAAAGUUUCCACACGUUCAUGGCGGCGAAGAAGCUUUAUGACAGUUUUUCCAAGGGUUUGAUCGAAGAGGUGCACAAAUGGGGUGCUAUGAAGCAGACGGGUGUGAGUCUCAGGUACAUGAUGGAGUUUGGUUCCAGACCCAGUGACAAAAAUUUGCUGAUUUCGGCUCAGUUUCUUCACAAGGAGCUUCCAAUCAGGAUAGCCAGAAGAGCUAUCGAGCUCGAGACCCUGCCUUAUGGCUUAUCCGAAAAGCCCGCUAUUUUAAAGGUGCGGGAUUGGUAUUUGGACUCUUUUCGUGAUCUUAGAUCCAUCCCGGAGAUUAAGGAUAGGAACGACGAGUUGGAAUUCACCCAAAUUAUCAAGAUGAUUAAGGUCAGACACAACAAUGUUGUUCCUACAAUGGCUUUGGGAGUCCAACAGUUGAAGAAAGGUCUGGAUCCUAAGGUUGGUUACCAGGACCUUGAUGAAAUUCACCAGUUUCUGGAUCGAUUUUACAUGUCAAGAAUUGGGAUUCGCAUGCUCAUUGGGCAGCAUGUGGCAUUGCACGAUCCCAACCCCCCUCCUAACUGUGUGGGUUAUAUACAUACAAAAAUGUCUCCUGUAGAGGUCGCACGAAGUGCCAGCGAGGAUGCCCGUUCCAUUUGUUUACAUGAAUAUGGCAGCGCUCCCGACAUUAAUAUCUAUGGGGAUCCUAAUUUUACAUUCCCCUACGUACCAACACAUUUACAUCUGAUGGUAUUUGAGUUGGUUAAGAACUCCUUGCGUGCUGUUCAAGAGCGGUUUAUGGACUCUGAAAAAAUUGCACCUCCUAUUCGAAUAAUUGUUGCUGAUGGGUUGGAGGAUGUUACCAUUAAGGCAUGUGUUUCUGAUGAAGGGGGUGGAAUACCAAGGAGUGGUCUCCCUAAAAUUUUUACUUAUCUCUACAGCACUGCCCAAAACCCCCUAGAUGAGCAGUUAGAUGAUCUUGGAACAGCUAAUGUGGCAACAAUGGCUGGCUAUGGAUAUGGGCUUCCAAUAAGCCGCCUGUAUGCUCGAUACUUUGGAGGGGACCUGCAAGUCAUCUCCAUGGAAGGAUACGGGACAGAUGCAUAUCUUCAUUUGUCUCGUUUGGGAGAUUCACAGGAACCCUUACCUUGAAUAUAUUGGUUGUGGAUUCGGCUUCAAGAUUCGGUGAAGUUAGUUAGAAUCCUCCUGUGGAAAUACUUGCUUGAACAGGGGAAAAUUGGCUCCAUAGUUAAAAAGGAAUUAAUUGUUGCCUUUUCCUUUUAUCGCCCAUGAAAUUGGCAGCUUUCUUUUAGUACUUUUGUGUAUCUGCUUUGUUAGGUGUAAUAUAUGAUAAUACACUCGUUUCCAGGUAUUUCAUGAG